AUGCAGUCACACGACGACGCCAUGGUGUCCCCCACACCCUCACCCCCAGCACAGUCUUCCACCCCGACUCAGGGGUCUGCCCCCCGCCGACCACCCCGCAAGAGCACCCUCACCCAGCAGCAAAGAAACCAAAAGCGCCAGCGGGCUACCCAAGACCAACUCGUCACUCUUGAAGUCGAAUUCAACAAGAACCCCACUCCCACAGCUGCUACUCGCGAAAGGAUAGCCACAGAAAUCAACAUGACCGAGCGCUCAGUGCAGAUCUGGUUCCAGAACAGACGUGCUAAGAUCAAGAACAUUGCAAAGAAGAGCAUUGAGAAUGGUGACGACUGCAACGAUAUUCCAGAGUCCAUGCGAAGAUAUCUCGCUCUUCAAGCCAUGGAGUCUGGCAAAUCAAUUGGAACCAACUUUCUUGGCCGAACUGGCGGUAUGCCAUAUGGUGGCGGUAUGCUCCUCAACACCGACGCCAACAACUCCAAGGUCGUCAUUCACCAUUUCGCCUGCCGCUCGCUGAGCAUUGGAAGCUGGCGAAGAGUUGGCCAAAGCGCCAUGGAUUUGGUCGUUUUCUACUCACCCGAGAAGUGCUGCAUCACCUACUACAUCAACAACGACUCGGCCGGCUACAAGAUUGAGUACCCCUUCUCGUACAUCAAGAACAUUCAACUUGAGAACGGCGACAUGACCGCCAACGCUGAAGGCGCGUCACAACGCCCCGGAGGCCUGAUUGUCGAGCUCAACCGCCCUCCCAACUUCUUCAUGGACUCGUCUGGUUCCGGUGGUUUCUUCCAAUGCGGCGACUUUACCGAGGACCAGCAGGCAUCAAACAUUAUGGUGCAUCACCUCGGUGGUCACCCAAAGGUUUUGAGUGGGCAGUUGGCGAAACUCAUCUCACUGGAAUCGUUUCAGAACCGACACAACAUGUAUGACGCCAAUAAUUUUGCCGUCUCGGCACCAGUGUCACCAAUCAACCACCGCCCUGCUUCCCAACCAAACCACCUUGUGCACCCGCACAUGGGUGUGUUUCAAGAGUCGCAUCUUGCGCCUCCGCCUUUCCAGCCGCGUGGUCACAAGCGCCAACGCAGUCGUUCAGUGCCUGUUGCCAUGGACUUUUCCAUGCUUCGCAACCCCAUGCCAUCAUUCAUGAUCCAGCAAGAGCCAUCGCCUUACAUGCCUAGCCCUGAAAUAUUUGCACCACAACCACAGAGUGCUGGACCUAUCGGUCCUCACCUAAGCAUCGACACAUCUGCUGGUUACGGCAUGGACUUUAGACAAUACCCCAUGUCGGCCACAACAGCCAACUCACCGUCGGAAUAUGGCACGCCUGCCUUCUACUCGUCAGGCCCACCAAACGACAGUGCCCCUGCAUCCAAUUACGGAUCGUACAACAUCCCUCCAUAUGUACACACCCCAAUGGGGCCACCUCCUCACUCUGCAUCGGGUCACUCGCCAAUGCCAGCCAUGAGCCAUCCUGACCCGAUCAUUGCCAACCAAUCACCCCCACUUGGUUCCUACGGCCGCGAAAACCACGGCGAUGUGUACCCCAUGUCGCACGACAAUGGCAUGUCGGACGAGGCGCUGCAAAUGACGGACAUGUACGCCAAGCAAAGCCUCAACAUGCCAUUCCGGUCACCGCUGCUUGACGAAAACCACGAGGACUUGGACAUGCAAAAUUUGGUGUCUUUCGGCACCAUUGACCCAUCAAGCCUGUCACCUGAGCAUCAUCAGAUGUAA